AUGCCAGGUCCUUCAAAUCCCAAACGAACUAAAAAGAAGGGAGGAGGUGGGCAGGGGAAGAAGCAGCAGGCAAAGAAACGGGCGGAAGGCGCCGUAGUACAACCUUCCAAACCUGUAGGCGCUGUUGCUCCUGCUUCAACGACGGCAAAACCAACCCAGUCGUCGUCAAAACCGUUCAUUCAAGCUUCGAAUGAUACUACCUCGCGGAAAGAUUCCAAAUUGUCCAACUCUGAAUCGAGUUCUCAACCACAGCUUCACCAUGAAGCAGGAGAUCCUGGCCGGGGUCGUACCAAGAAGAGAGGUACUACGAGGCUGAAACCCCAAUACCAAGCUCCCCCGUCCCAGCCUCAAUCCAUUCCUAAACCACAACCCCCAGAUCUUCCAUCCUCCAACACCUCCUCAGAAUCUCUGGACUCGACUACCACCUCCAGUUCUUCACCCGCACUCAGAACACCCCCACCAUUGUCUUCAUUCCUCAAGGGUGAAGUCUCCGACAUGAAAUGCUACUACGGAGAUUUCGAAAAGCGUAAACCCAUCCCCGAAAUCGACUCAGAUAGGGUCGAAGAAAUCAUGUUCACACCUCCCUUUAUUCACGAUCCAGGGAAUGGACCGCGGGUGCGAGACGCGAAAGCGUUCCUCGCAAGUCGCUUCUUUGCUCAACCGCCAGCUUGGGAUAACCCAAUGUGCGCAGAAUUCGCACAAGAAGAGGUGUUACAAAUGUUAAUGACCGUGCUUCCAGACGAAACAGCUCGGAUACUAUGGUACAACAAAAGCCGCGCAACAAGUCGGAUAUGUCCCGCUUGCCAAAGGCUAUACAGACUAGGCGACAUUCUACCCGACCACAUCCCCGAUUCCACUUCAGAUAGCUCCGAAUCUAAACCAACACCACCAGUUCCUCCAAAGACCCCCUCUCCUUACCUCUACCGCGAACAAGAAAUCAGCGGCCUCUGCUCACCCGUAUGCUUCAUUCUUGCCUCCUUCAACUUCCCGCACGCCAUCAAAUCGACUUGGGGACGUAUGGCGGACGAGAUGGAUGAUAAAGCUUGGGAUCUGUUGAACCAGCCUACGCAGGGAUUAGGCGGGGCCGCCCUGGGAGGAAAUGGGAAAGGACAAGGCUCUGUGACCGGUCAGGCACUGGGCAUGGUUGUCCGGAUGACGAGAUUACAUGAUCUCGGACUGGCGCAGCUGUGUUUUGGGAAUGAGGCCCAGGGAGGGGAGGACGACGUCGAAGAAGCCUAUCACAUCGAGGGGCUGAGCCUGCGCGAUCGGUAG